AUGGCAUACAUGCAGAGUGCUGCGUCCAACCGCCUCGAAGUAGACUUGAUCGCAGACGCUUACUUACAACGCGACAAGCAGGUACGCACGCUGCGCUCUUUCUUUGCAGGAACGAAUGGUAGAAAUUCUGCUGAAAUUGAAUUAUCAAGGCCGAUCUAUGGCCGCGAACGCGGGCUAGCAUAUAUUGCGGCCGUACGCGCCUCAUCCAUACUGAAAAACUUUGAGUUGCGACCAGUCCGUGUCUAUCCCCUGGCUGCUCGUGCCAUGUCCUCCCUCGACGCAAAGCUGAAAGGCGCAUUGCGGUCCCGCGAACAACGCCUCAUUCGCCGCCGUCUCCCCGACCCAAUCGCCGACACGGGCCUUGUCGACUUUUCUAGCAACGACUAUCUCUCGCUCUCCCGCUCUCCCAUCCUCCGCUCGCGAUUUCUGCGCAAACUGCAGGGCGCAUCAGAUGUCCUCGGUUCCGGUGGCUCCCGCCUACUCGUGAACGGUCCUGCACACGUCGCACUCGAGGCGCGCCUAACGAGAUUUUUCUCUGCCCCAGCUGCGCUACUGUUCAACUCUGGAUUCGACGCGAACGUCGGCUUCUUUUCGUGCAUACCACAGACCGGAGACGCGAUCGUCUUCGACGAACACAUUCAUGCUUCCGUACAUGAUGGUAUGCGCGCGUCUCAUGUCGCCCCCACUUUCCGAAGGUCCUUUACGCACAAUUCUAUCGCGGCUCUGCGAGACACUUUGCUGGAGUUGUUGGAGGAGCAGGCAGACUUGCGCUCGGGAUUGUCAAGCGUGUUCGUUGCUGUAGAGACACUGUACAGCAUGGACGGCACGAUCGCCCCGCUUAGGGAGAUGGUGGAGAUGGUGGAAGAACUGCUUCCGCGAGGUAAUGGGUAUUUUGUGGUCGAUGAAGCCCACUUGACCGGCGUGUAUGGCCCACAAGGCCGAGGACUAGUGGCAAUGCUUGGAUUAGAGCGCAGAGUGCUUAUGCGAUUGCAUACAUUUGGCAAGGCAUUGGCGGGAACGGGAGCUGUCAUUCUGACGAAUGAGCUCAUCCGCGAUUACCUCCUCAAUUACGCAAGAUCGCUGAUCUACACUACCUCACUCAGCUACGCCAAUAUCAUCUCUGCGGAUUGUUCGUUUGACUUGCUUGAAGACGGAACAGCCACGGAGCUCUCCACAACACUACUCGAGCUGAGUACGCACUUCUUAACGCUCUUCCGCCGCCAGACGCGAGCGAUUCCACUCUCUCUCCUGGCGCUCCCUCCACACCUAGCCGUUACUGUCUCUGUAUCCCAAUCACUCCCACCACCUAUAAUCCCGGUGCUAACGCCAUAUCCACGUCCACUCUCGGCCUACUUGCGCAAACAAGGAUUGAAUGCACGACCAAUAACCUGGCCGACAGUACCGAAGGGGCGGGAGCGCAUCAGAGUAUGUUUGCACGCAGGCAAUACGCGAGGGGAGGUGGAAAUGCUUGUGCGGGCAAUGGUGGAAUGGGCAGAGGAAUGGCAAAGGUCGAACAGUGCGCUUGAUAUCGACGUCGAGGAUAUAGGGCGGUUCCAAGCAAAGUUGUAG